AUGCCUGCCGCUUGUUCAUCAGAUGGCCAUCUGAUGAACGUUUUGGAGCGUCCACAAGCGUGUGGAUGUACUACGAGUGAGUGCGAUGGCCUCACUUGUGGUACGGUCGUUAGUACGACUGCACAAAACCUUAGUGUACCAAACGGUUACACUUCGGAGCAAAGUUCCGGCGGCUGUGAGGAAACACAGGCUGCGCCGAAGGUCCACCACUCGAAUAAGUCGGGUGGACUGGGACAAAGAUGUAUCCCUAGAGGGGAACAUCUAGAAGAGAAACAAUCGAUCGCUCAGGUUAAGCGAAACGAUAAUCCUAGAUCGACUGGAGAGUCUUUCGUAGAGGAUCUCGCUGUGGUUGCGCAACCCCAGCUAGAGGAAGUAAAGGGAAUAAGUCCCAAGAUUACAAAUACGGCGGAAAUAAGUUCCCCGAAACCCGCGGGAAUAAGUCCCCGGGAAGACGAAGGAAUAAGUCCUUCGAAGCCUGAGGGAAUAAGUCCCCAGGAAAUGACAGAGACAUUGAAUGUCAUAGUCAAUAACGGAUCAUGUGUAGGCGCUUAUACACUUGAUCUGAUUGCGCCUCCGAAGUUAACUUCGGAGAUCACUCAGUUGCCAACGCUCGAACAUAAAAGAUUCUUGCGUGAUCUGCGUAGUGGCAAAGUCAAGCAGAUCUGCAUACUCGUCGCUGAAGACGAGUAUGUAACCGACAUAAGGUCAGCAACAGUGUUUACUGAGAACGAGAGAGUUCUCAGUAGUUCAUCUAUGGACGAGAGUGUCCUAGAUGAAAAGACACGAAUUGAGCGAUAUGAGUCCCAAUCAUGGGAAUCGCUCAAGGAAAAUCCUCUCUAUGAAGAUUUGGUUGAAUUCAAGGAUGUAUUCCCUGAAACUGUUCCGUGCGAAUUACCGAAGGAUAAAGGUAUUCGACACGAAGUCGAGCUUAAACCAGGCUCGAAGUACUGUGUCAUGAAGCAGUGGCCACUGCCUCGUGAACAAGUACUUGCGAUCGACAAGUUCUUUGCCGAUCGUUUAGCAGCGGGCCAUGUGAGGGAAUCAACUUCCCCACAUAGCUCUCCGACCUUCUGUGUGCGAAAAGCAACAGGAGGGUGGCGGAUAGUGCACGCGUUUAACAAAUUGAACGCUGCAACGGUACCGGCUCAGACGCCGAUACCGAGGAAGGACGUAAUCAUUGAUGGUAUGUCAAAGAGUACCAUCUUUUCGUCCAUGGAUUUGAUGGAUGGCUUCUAUCAAAUCCUAAUGCGGGAACGGGACCUACCCUUAUACCGCAGUUAG